UGAUUUGUAUUGUAGUAUCCUUCACUGAUUUGUGGGCCGAUCGAUGAAAAUAUAAAUAUUUUUACAAUAACAUCUGUUGAAAUGAGUGAAAACGUGAGAGUGACUGCUAUUUUCAGCGAAUUUCAGAAAAGUCUUGACGACGAGCAGGAAUUACGCGAGGUUAUACGCAGCAUUUGCAAAGAAGUGGACCAAAUAUCACGGGAAACUACAACCGUGCUCCAAGCUAUACAUCAUAGCGAGGCUGGAGUGAGUGCAGCAUGCACUCGUGCAAGGGAGCUGUUCGAGAAAGCACAUGACGGAUACGGCAGACUCAAGAAUGUUGUGCCCUCUACAGAUUAUUACAAGUACCAAGACCAUUGGCGGUUCAUAACGCAGCGGUACUGCUUCCUCAUAGCGCUCACCAUCUGGUUGGAGAAGGGGAUCUUGGUCAUGCACGCUACUGUUGCAGAGAUUCUUGGCAUUAGUGCUGUGGAGCAAAAGGAAGGUUUUCAUUUGGACAUUGAGGACUAUCUUGUUGGGUUGCUGACCAUGUGCACAGAAUUGUCCCGACUAGCCGUGAACUCAGUGACACAGGGUGACUAUAGUAGACCUUUGCAAAUAUCAAAAUUCGUCAUGGAACUCAACGCAGGAUUCAGACUGCUGAAUCUAAAGAACGAUCACCUGCGCAAGCGCUUCGAUGCUCUCAAGUACGACGUGAAGAAGAUCGAAGAGGUGGUAUACGAUCUUAGCAUCAGAGGCCUGUUGCCCAAGCCCAUAGUGGAGUUAGAUACGCAGUAGCAUAUCUAACAUUUUGUAAAAGUGUACAAUAUUCACUUGAAGAGGCUGACAAACAGGCUGUUAGAAAAGUACAUCUGAAAUUUUGUGAUAGCAAGAUAAAGCUCUUUAGUGAAUUUACCUUGUUCUACGUGGAUAGUAUUGCUUCAUGAAAUUUUAAACGUACUUUUUAACAUUAUGUAUAUAGGGUGAUUUUUAAUUAGUUAGCUAGUAUAGGAUUUUCCA